AUGGACAACCGAUCCUUUCCGGAGAGGAAGACCGAGAUGGGGCCCAAUCCCCUUAUCGCGGCAUCCCCAGAGGCAACGCUUCGAUUUUUCCGAUAUCCGGCCCCGACUGUAAGAACUAUCUGCAGGAUCAGGAAUCGGGAGGCGCUAGACUUGGAUGAUAUUGAGGAAGGGGCAUUGGCAAUCAACGAUCCCAGGGCUCCUAUCGAUGGGUUUCUAUUCACUCCUACACUCCUCCACGUUUUGGGGGAUGACCCUCGUGCGGUAUGGUACGGACGGCACACUCUGUUCCUUGUGGGUGAAUUAGCGUCCUACUCGCUCUUGCACUGGGACAGAAAUUUGCCACACUACAUUGCCCACUACGACCCCCAAGGCCUCGAUGACUUCACGUGCCCUGCCGUGGUUCAAAGCCUUGUAAAGGCAACCUUCCAUCAACAGGGGUGUCCUGACCUUCCGAUUAAGCCUAUGGAGUGUCCCAAGUCGGACAGGAUGGAAUCUGGGUUUUACUCUCUUUAUUUCGCCCACGCUCUGUUGAUGAGCAAGCCGAUUCCCGACCAACCUAUCCCCGAGCCCUUUGUUCAGAUGAUUCGAGACUUCCACCUGAACCCCGCGCCAUCAACAUCCAAUGCUGUUCCCAUGCGGCCUAUCCGACGGACGGCUACAGGACCUCUCGAAUGGUCGAUGCCCGACGCAAAGAUGUCAUCCACAUCCUCAACAGCAUCAGAUAGGGUAGAAGAGGUUGUUAAUCCCGUUCAGGGUACAAUGUCCUCCCCUAGCCCGAUGCCUCGAGGCGAUUCAUCUUGUGUCUCCAGCUCUGGAAGAGUUCUUCUCCCGGCUAGUUUAUCGGGACAGAAAUCGCCAUUUCCCCGCGGCUGUCUCCCUUUCCGUAGCGCUCCCACCAAUUCUGGCGCUGUACCCGGAUCCAGUCCUUCCAAUGGACCAUCCGCGAAGGGCAAAGAACCUGCGGCGUCUUCUACCAAUGAUUUGUCAACAAGAGACAAGGAGUUGGAAGCUAGUGCCACUAAUCCACCAUCGGCAGAAGGAAAGGAGCGUCAAGGCUCCUGGCAUGAGCGGUGCAGCGAGUUAGUGGAUACACUCACUAGACUCGAAGCGCAUGGGAAGCUUUUGAGCCAUUUGGUUGCUUUGAACGAUCAGAUGCCGAUGGAGGAGGCUUUCAACAAGUUUGCAGCUGCUGAAAGCAAUGCCCUGAUAGCAAACGGAAAGCAGCCCGAAUACACAUCGUUCAAGGAGUUCAUGCUCGCUGGCGUGGAUAAACGCUUCAAAGCCAAUGAAGUCAAGUCAGAGCUGCUCAAGAUGAUAUCAGAGAAGUCCCAGGAAGAGACUCAAGCCGCUGCGGACAACAGCCAGUCAGCAGACGGAAAUUGGCGUCAGAGCACCAGACUCAAGGAGAUGAUGUCAAUCUACGAGGAACGACAACGCGUCUGUAUGAUGGACGCGAAGUCAAAGUACACGAAGAUCCUGCGCCACUACUAUGAAUCUCAAGCUGGUGUGGACAAUGGCCCAUCAGCAAAGGACAAAGAGCCUACCUACGAUUUGUUUAUGAGAGACAAGGAAUUUGAAGUUGGUGCCACCAAUCCGCCAUCGGCAAAGGGCAAAGAACCUGCAACCUCUUCCAUCAACGAUACAUCGGUAAAAGAGAAGGGUUCUAACGCCAGCAUUACUAAUGGCCCAUCAGUAAAGGCAAAGGAGCGUCAAGACCGCUUGUACGAGACGGUGAUGGCCGAAUGCACGGAGACGGGCCUCGCUUUGGCGAAAGCGACCUCCGAGGAAGCAGUUGCGUCGGCAGCUGUUCUAAUGGCUCGGAACCGACUUGAUGGCGUAGACUUUGAGCUAUCAGAACUCAAGAGAUGGCUGGAUUUCCAUGAGCUCACCAAGGAGGAAUUGAACAAGGCCUGUGACAAGGCUUCCCUCUUCAUGUCAGACUUACUUAGAGACUGCAUUAUCAACCGCGAUUGCCAUGUCGUACAGGAGGAAAAGGAACGCCUCAUGGUAGAUGUCUAUCUGAACCGCAUGAACCCCACGCCCUUGAUGGAGGAAAUGAACCGUCUGGAGGAGCAGCACAAUGCCAAGACUGAGGCUAAGAGGAAAGUCAGAAGUCAGUAUGUCGACGCACUCACGAAGAAAGGAUUCUUGGACGAGGCUCGGGAGGGGCGUUUCGCAAAAGAUUUUCCAGACUCCCGUAUGAAGUACAUGGAGAGUCUCUUUGGAAACAGAGAGUUUCUGUCAUAUGUGCCAAAUCAUGACUCCCACAGUCGUGCUGGAGACAAUGAUGAGUAA